AUGGAGACCGUUUCGGCACGAGGAAGAAAAUUUGUAGCACAAAAACCAACUUUCCUUGAUGUCUUGAGUGAUUCGUGGGAUCCGCAGUCCAAUCCCAAUGGCGUUAUCAAUCUGGGUUUGGCUGAAAAUAUUAAAGUUGACGCACAUGCGUUGACAUACGGUGAUGGCUUCAGCGGCUCGCAUCAGCUCAAAAACGCCGUCAGCCAGUUCUUGAACCGUUCUUUUCGCCCUUGGACUGCGCUCGGCCCCUCCGACUUGGUCAUUACCUCUGGUGUCAGCAAUGCACUUGAGUGCUGUGCCUGGGCGUUGGCCGACCCUGGUGACUGUAUUCUCGUCGGGCGACCAUACUUUAAUGCCUUCAAGACAACUUUUGGAACACGGCCCGGGAUUAACUUGGUUGAGGUCACAUUCGCAAAAACAGACCCAUUCAGCAUGGCUGCAGUCAAACAGUACGAGAGAGCAUACGCCGAAGCGAAAAGCCGGGGUCUCUGCAUUAAAGCCCUUUUGUUAUGUUCGCCACACAAUCCCCUCGGUCGCUGCUACCCUGAAGAUGUCCUGCAGGAAUAUAUGGCGUUCAGUGCAGUGAAUGGGCUCCAUUUGGUCUGUGAUGAAAUCUACGCACUGUCCACCUGGGAGAACCCUCGCCUACCUGACGCACCAGGUUUCAAAUCGGUCUUAUCCCUGAAUGUCAAGGGUUUUAUGGAUCCAAGCAUGUUGCACGUUGUUUGGGGAUUGAGUAAAGACUUUGGUGUCCCGGGUUUACGGAUUGGUUGCUUGAUUAGUCCAUCCAACAGGCUGCUCUUGCAAGCUGCGGAAGGCAUUUCUCUUUAUAAUUUCCCAUCCAGCGUUGCCGACCAAAUAGCGUCGUCUCUCUUACUCGAUGAAACGUUCACCGAGCAAUAUGCCUCGACCAAUCGGCGUCUGUUGGCAGAGAGCUAUGAUCUCGUAACCACUUUUCUCCGCGCCCACGAUAUCCCCUAUUUUGAGUGCAAUGCUGCCUUCUUCGUCUGGAUCAAUUUGGGUGCCAAGGUGAAACACCGAGGCGCGACGGACGCCGACAUUGUGGCUCAGCUCCGACAAGAAAAGGUGUACAUCGCAUCAGGAACGGCUUAUGCAGCAGAAGACGCAGGAUGGUUUCGUCUGGUGUUUGCACAUCCUCCCCACGUGCUGCGGGAAGCCCUGGAAAGGAUGAUUCGAGCAAUCGAUCCAGAGCCGGCUAGUCUCUCAUUGCUUCGUUCUUAG